GGAGCAGGCAGACACCUGGAUGCCUACCAGGACAAGGAGCAUUUUGAGAAGCAUCUACACACUGUGAGGCUCAAGAUGGUUCUGAGUGGGGCGCUGUGCUUCCGAAUGAAGGAUUCAGCUCUGAAGGUGCUUUAUCUGCAUGAUAACCAGCUUCUAGCUGGAGGGAUGCAUGCAGGGAAGGUCAUUAAAGGUGAAGAGAUCAGUGUUGUCCCCAAUCGGUGGCUGGAUGCCAGGCUAUGCCCGGUCAUCCUGGGAGUCCAGGGAGGAAGUCGGUGCCUAUCCUGUGGGACAGGGAAUGAACCUACUCUGAAACUAGAGCCAGUGAACAUCAUGGAGCUCUACCUUGGCACCCAGGAGUCCAAGCACUUCACCUUCUACCGCCAGGAGCUCGGGCUCACCUCCAGUUUCGAAUCAGCUGCAUACCCAGGCUGGUUCCUGUGUACAGCGCAGGAAGCUGACCAGCCUGUCAAGCUCUCCCAGAUCCCUAAGGACAGCCCCUGGGAUGCCCCCAUCACGGACUUCUAUUUCCAACAGUGUGAUUAGGGCAAGUUGACCCCCAAAACCCCCUAAGCAGAGUCAGCUAUGGCUAGGCUGAGGGUGUACAGGAUGAGCCUCACAGGAAGUGAUUCCAAACUUUUGCUCUUGGGACUCUUAUUUCUGACUUCCAGGACACAUGGCCUCUUUCACUUCUCCUAGCCUUGUGUUUUGAAAAAUUCUUCUGAGAUUUGGGACUCAGUCCAUAGACUCCUUCUCCGUUGGGUGAUAGGACUGUAAUCACGUGCUGCAAUGUUUGUGCGGUGGGGCUACAGAACACUUUUACUUUUUUUCUUAUUUAUCUGUAGUCUUAAUUUUUCUAAAAUGAAGAUGAACUACUUAUGCAAUAAUAAGAAAGGAAAUUAAUCUUGAGGUAAGAGAACCAGACACAAUUUCUAACUGUAUUCAGUCUCUACCUCCCUGGAGUGAAAAGCAAACUGAAUCAAACUUGGCUGAUUCAGGUGGAAGGAGCAGGGAUUCCAGCAAACUCACUGAAGAUGAUGUGAUGGGUUUGUAUAGCUAGAAUCAUGUAGGUAAGGGUUUUAUGGAAAAAGCAAAAUAACUAACCAAACAAAAACAAAUAUGAUUUUGAAAAUCUUGUACUUUGACCGGGGUGAUCAUAGCAUCCCUUAGGAUUCCAGGUAUUGGAUCUAGCAUCUAAGAGUCCUGUUGUACUCUCUGGAAAAUGUUCUUCUCAAACCUGUGUCCUUCCUGGAAACUCAGACCAGGAACUUACUUGGAGGUAAGGCGUUUACAGAUGCAAAUAGUUAAAACUGAGACAUGCUGGAUUACGGUGGAUUUAAGUCCCACAUGACUGAUGUCCUUAUAAGAAGAAGACACAGAGACACAGAAAAGAUAUCUACAUAAAGACAAAGACAGAGGUUGCAGUUACCUUCCUCUAAGCCAAGUGACACCAAAGACUGUGGCAACCACCAGAUAUGAGAAAGAAUCCGUCCUACAGCCUUCAGAGGAAACACAGCCCUGUUGACAACUCGACUUUGGGUUUUAGUGUUCUGAACUGUGAGAGAAUAAAUUGUUUUUAAAGACAAUAA